AUGGAAUCAGAAAUAUUGGAAACCAUGGAUGUAAAUGAUACCAAUAGUAAAAUGGAAGAGGCAGGACAUCAUGAAGUAGCUGAUAUAGUAGCUGAUAUUACAGAUAAAGAAGAGACUAACAAUUAUAGAACAGAAAAAGCAAAAGGUAUACAAGGGACCGGCAAGCAUGAAAUAAAUAAAGUCAUAUACAAAGAAAACCCAGCAGGAAUAAGCAGGCUUGAAACAAAAGAAAUUACAUCAGCAUAUGACAUAUCGGAUGAUAGUGAAUACGAUACACUUAAUUUAGUGCCAUAUUCAGAGACUGAUAGUAGUUCUGAUGAAAUGCCAACAAAAACAAAGACGCGACGAAAAAGAUUUAAAGUGGAAAAGGCAAUGUGGUUUUCAGAGAAGAAUAGAAAUAGGCGAGAGAAAGGAAAGCGAUACUUUGGUAGAACUAAAGUAAACGGAAAAUGGUCCUACGACAUAGAAAGAGAGCCAAGAGAGAUCAAAGAGAGAUGCCAGUGUAGAGUUAAGAACGGCACUUUAAAAUGCAGUCAAAUAACAGAACAACAAAGAAAAUACAUAUUCGAAUAUUUUUGGAGCCUAAGUUGGAGAGAAAAAAAGGUAUUCGUAGACAGUACUGUAAAGAGUGAAUUUAUUAAGAGGGCAAGAGAUAGAAAAGUACCAGAACAAUCAAGGAGAAAUCAAGCUUUUAAGUACUAUUUAAAAACAGGCGAUCAGGAAAAUAAGAGUUUGUAG